AGCUUAAACUUAAACAGUGGAGUCUUCAAAAUAACAUUUCCCUGCCCAUAAACACAACAUUAUUAAGGCCUAUAAAACAAACUUAGAUAAUCAAAGCUCAAAAGCCAGCCAAAGGGAUAACAUACAUAAAUAUAGAGCAAAGCUAACCAAAGAAAAAACUUGUUGAUAAUUCUCCCAUGGCAUCAACAACCUUCUUUGGUUCUCAAAUAUUUCUAUCACCUCCAACUCCUAAAACCACCAGAAAAUAUCAAUUCCUACCUCAAGCAAUUCUCAACAAGAAAAACCAACCCAAUUUUGAUUCAUUAAAAUCAAUCCAAACUCAAGCUACUUUAGCUACUUUACUCUUGUCUUCCCUAUCUCCACAAGCCUUUGCUUUGGACAGCCCCACCACUCCACCAUCGCCGCCAGUUCUUGAAGCUCAGCCCACUACUCCUAACCCUUUAAAUUCUUCUCCUUUCUCUCAAAAUCUUCUUCUAACCGCCCCUAAACCUCAAUCCCAGCCCGCCUCUGAUCUCCCCGAAGGCACCCAAUGGCGGUACAGCGAGUUUCUAAGUGCGGUCAAGAAAGGGAAGGUCGAACGAGUCCGUUUCAGCAAAGAUGGCUCCACUCUCCAGCUCACGGCGGUCGACGGCCGCCGCGCUUCUGUCACUGUUCCUAAUGAUCCCGACCUUAUUGACAUUCUUGCCAUGAACGGAGUUGAUAUUUCCGUUUCCGAGGGAGAGUCCGGUAAUGGGCUUUUUAAUGUUAUUGGGAAUCUUUUGUUUCCAUUUCUUGCUUUUGCCGGGUUGUUUCUUCUCUUCCGCCGCGCUCAAGGUGGUCCGGGUGGACCCGGCGGGUUAGGUGGGCCGAUGGAUUUCGGAAGAUCGAAGUCCAAGUUUCAAGAAGUGCCGGAAACUGGUGUUACAUUUGCUGAUGUGGCUGGUGCUGAUCAAGCAAAAUUGGAACUUCAAGAAGUUGUUGAUUUCUUAAAGAAUCCUGAUAAAUACACAGCGUUAGGAGCUAAGAUUCCGAAAGGGUGUCUAUUAGUCGGACCGCCCGGUACUGGAAAAACACUACUGGCUAGGGCGGUUGCUGGAGAAGCAGGAGUGCCAUUUUUCUCAUGUGCAGCGUCUGAGUUUGUGGAGUUGUUUGUCGGUGUUGGUGCGUCGAGAGUGAGGGAUUUGUUUGAUAAAGCUAAAGCUAAGGCUCCUUGCAUUGUGUUCAUUGAUGAGAUUGAUGCUGUUGGGAGACAAAGAGGAGCAGGGAUGGGUGGUGGAAAUGAUGAGAGGGAGCAGACUAUUAAUCAGCUUUUGACUGAGAUGGAUGGGUUUUCUGGUAAUUCUGGUGUUAUAGUUUUGGCUGCUACUAAUAGACCGGAUGUUCUUGAUUCUGCUUUGUUGAGGCCUGGGAGGUUUGAUAGACAGGUUACUGUUGAUAGACCUGAUGUUGCUGGUAGAGUCAAGAUUCUUCAGGUUCACUCUAGAGGGAAGGCUCUUGCGAAAGAUGUGGACUUUGACAAGAUUUCAAGGAGAACCCCAGGAUUUACUGGAGCUGAUUUGCAGAAUCUGAUGAAUGAAGCUGCUAUUCUUGCUGCCAGACGUGACCUUAAAGAAAUAAGCAAAGAUGAGAUAUCUGAUGCUCUGGAAAGGAUCAUUGCCGGACCAGAGAAGAAAAAUGCUGUUGUCUCAGAUGAAAAGAAAAAAUUAGUUGCCUAUCAUGAGGCUGGGCAUGCUUUGGUUGGUGCACUUAUGCCUGAAUAUGAUCCUGUAGCCAAAAUAUCAAUCAUUCCUCGUGGUCAAGCUGGUGGUCUUACAUUUUUUGCUCCAAGUGAGGAGAGGCUCGAGUCUGGACUGUACAGUAGAAGCUACUUGGAGAAUCAGAUGGCUGUUGCGCUAGGUGGAAGGGUUGCCGAGGAGGUAAUCUUUGGUGAAGAAAAUGUUACAACAGGAGCUUCAAAUGACUUCAUGCAAGUUUCAAGGGUGGCUAGACAGAUGGUUGAGAGGUUUGGAUUCAGCAAAAAGAUCGGACAAGUUGCAAUCGGUAGUUCUGGUGGAAAUCCGUUCUUGGGUCAGCAGAUGUCAUCCCAAAAAGACUACUCCAUGGCGACCGCGGAUAUUGUGGAUGCAGAGGUAAGAGAGCUGGUGGAGACGGCAUAUGCGAGGGCCAAGGAGAUCAUGACAACUCAUAUCGACAUUCUUCAUAAACUUGCUCAGCUUCUCAUAGAGAAAGAAACUGUUGAUGGAGAAGAGUUCAUGAGUCUCUUUAUUGAUGGAAAAGCUGAACUGUAUGUUGCCUGAUUUCAAUUCGAAGCGUUAAAAUUAUGUUGUAUCAUAUGUUUCAUACAAACAAGAACAUAGAUGAAUAUAGACCUUCAGACUUAGAUAAGGUAUAUAGGCAAGAACUCUGUACAAUGUUUCAAUUUUUGCUUCUCUUGUCAAGAUGCUACUUGCUGCUGAAACUGGAGAAUCAGUAUUUCUUAUCUUCCUCUUUUCUUUUUAAGAGAAUUAAAGAAUUUCAUUCCUAUC